AUGGAAACUAAUGAUACAUAUGGUAAUCAGUUUGAACCAGGACUAGAGGUGUUUGAUUUUGAAUUGUAUCACAAUAGUUCACAUGAGAGAGGUUUUAUCAGUAGCAGCAGAGUUGGUAUCACCAUUUGUGUUGGAAACUUUAUCAUCAACAGUCUUGUUUUACUUCUUAUUCUAUGCUUUCAAACUACCAAAAAGCAAUUUGUCAUGUCUCAAAUUGCUAAUAUUGCUAUCAUGGAUAUUCUCAUGUGUUUAUGUGUCGACACUGUGACCAUAUAUCAUAAUAUUCACCCAUGGUCGUUGGGACAAACUAUCUGUGAAGCUUGGUUGGUGCUAGAUGUCUUGUUGCCGUUCAAUGCCUAUCUGGGAAUAAUACUGAUGAACGCGGAUAGACUUAUGUUUGCUGUGAAACCAUCGUUUUACUUUAGGUUAUUUAAGAAUGUACAGACAAGACGUUUAUAUCUAGUUAUUCCGUGGAUAAUAAGCUCUGUGCUAAUAGUUCCAAUAUGGUUAUUAUGUGACGUCCCCAUGCAACACAUACCGUUCAUGUGUGUAUAUGCAAUAACAGAAAGUGCUGGAACGGCAUCUUCAGUGGUUUCGUUAUUCGUUCCAUCCGCAAUAGUAGGUUUGCUUGUUUUACUUCUCUUAGUGACUCUGGCAUACGGACUGCCGAAAAAUCUUCAAGAAUUUCAUAAUUUAACAAUUGAAGAUCAUUUUGAUAACCCGAGAGUUAUACUGCGUAGACAUAACAGUUUGAUAAUUGCUCUUUGUAUUGUUGACGUUGCUGCUUUAACAAUGCAGUUACCGUUCGGAACGUUGAGUGUUAUGGAACCACAAUGUCUAGCCGAUCCCUGUACGUCCAUUAUUGAACUGAUGUUUGCUUUAAGUUGGCUUCGGUCUGCUACACCAGGGGUUAGAGGAUUGAUAUGGUUUUUAUUUACAGAGAUUAAGUUGUCUUGCUGUUUUUGUAUGCGAUCUAAAUACGCAGAUAGUAAUCGACGACCCUUAGUGGAGAACGUACCCAUGACGUCAACUAUGAACACCCAACAUGAACAGUUAAUUUCUGUAAGCGGUUGUGAGAAAGUAAACGAAAAGAGAUUAUUGUAA